UGCAUCGCAUCCGCCUGCCACAUAGCGCUUCUUGCCAUGCACCCUUCCAACUCUCAUAGAGCGAAGGUACCGCUCGCCAUCGAGGGCAGCAAGUCCGGUGGCAUGGCGAACACGUUCUAUGCCAAAACGGCCAGGGACUACAUCGAGCUCCUUCGCAUUCUGCGUGCCGGAGGUGCUCAAACGGAUGUCAGCCUACCACGGGUAGCCGUCAUUGGCAACCAAAGCGCAGGCAAGUCGAGCCUCAUCGAGGCAAUCGCCCAAAUUAGCGUCCCUCGCGAUGCGGGCACGUGCACGCGCUGCCCCAUGGAGAUCCGCCUCUCGAGCUCAAACGGCAGUUGGACGUGCCGCAUUUCGCUCCGCUGGGAGUACGACGAGCACCGGAAGCCGCUCACCCAGCACAAGGAGGUUCCGUUCGGAGACCCGUUCUCCGACAAGAGCCAGCUCGAGUUGAUGCUGCGCCGGGCGCAGACCGCCGUGCUGAACCAGAACCACGACCCCUCGUACUUCAUCGACAAAGAGGGCGAGACGUUGAAGCUUCUGGCGAAGGGGGCCAAGCAGAGUUUCUCGCGGAACGUCGUCUGCGUGGACAUCAAUGGCCCGGGCCUCCCGGACCUGUCCUUUAUCGACUUGCCUGGAAUCAUACAGUACGACGACGGGAAGGGCGAGGUCAAGCUCGUCGAGGACCUCGCUCGAUUCUAUAUCCAAAACCACAACACCAUCAUCCUGGUCGUGGCCCCUAUGAGCGACGACCUGCACAACCAGAAGGCGGUCCAGCUCGCUAAAGAAGCCGACCGAGACGGGGCGCGCACAAUCAACGUCUUGACCAAGCCGGACGCGCUGGCCGAGGGCUCGAUUGACGCGAAGGAGAACUGGGUGCAGGUCAUGGCCGGGCAGGAGUACCGCACCAAGCACGGCUACUUCUGCGUCCGUCUGCCCGACGACGCCGAGCGGCGCGAGAAGAUCUCCUACGCAGAGGCGCGCGAGCGGGAGAUGCGCUACUUUGCCACCGUCGCGCCGUGGUGCGACACCCCCCAGCGCCACCGCUACGGGAUCGAGAGCCUGGUCCAGUUCCUCAGCGAAAGGCUGAUGGAGCUCAGUCGUGCUUCGCUCCCGGGCAUUGAGCGCGAAGUCGAUGCGCAGCGCACGCAGUGCGACCAGCAGCUCCGCGAGCUGCCGCUACAAACGGCGGAGCCGUAUCUGCACGUCCACCGCAUGGUGACGGCGUUUGUGGACGAGGUCGGGAAGGUGGUCCAGGGCUCGCCGGAGCACACGGCGCUCGUGCAAGCGACCAAGAAGAUGUACGCGGCGUUCUCGGCCGGCAUUGCCCAGACUGCUCCGCCGUUUGUGCCGUUCGUGCGCGCAGAUGGAGAGCGAUAUGUCCCGUUUGUGCCGACGGCGGUGUGGACGCCGGACGAGAUCAUCUAUCUGGACACGGUCAGGGAGCGGAUUGAAAGGUACCUCACACGCGAGCUCCCCAACAACGUGCCGUACUCUGUGAAGUGCGCCUUCAUCCUCGCGUUCCAGGACAGCUGGGAGAGGCAUGCCACGCGGUGUUUUGAGCAAGUGCGACGUGCAUUCAAGAACGAGCUAGGGCGCAUCGUCGAUGCCCAUUUCGGCCGCUACGAACACCUGAAGCGUGCCAUCAGCUCGAUCAUGCUCGACCUGACGAACGUCCACGGCACGACCACUGAGCAGCAGCUCCGCUUUCAACUGAAGUACGAGAGAAACCCGCCGACCACACAGAACCUCGACGACCUCGCUGGGUUGCGCGAAAAGCACCUCUCGUCGUACAGUUUCAUGCUCGAGCAGGCUGCAGCUGGAAAACUGCAGCCGGUCUUGCAUGCGCCGGCACCGGCUGAUCAGGGAGCACAGAGAGUCCCAGGGAGCGCCUCCUCGGCGUCCAGCCAGGGCUUCAAGCCCGUGUUCCCCCCCGCGGUGCCCAAGUCUGUGUCGAGCCAGAUCUUUACACCCGCCGAAGCCCCCGCGACCCCCUCUCCUCAGGCGCAUGACGGUGCCAAACCUCAAGUGCACCGGCCACCUCACACGACGAGCGCGGUCCCGGAGCAGGGCCCUCUGUCUCAGGAGCGCGAUGGUGCGUCCGACAAGCACGGGGCGGAGCUGGCGCUCAUGGCGGAAAUCCGGGCGUACUUCGACGUCGCCUCCAAGCGCAUCCAGGACAGCGUGACGCAUGUGAUCGACGAGCACCUGCUCUUCUCGCUCGCAGCCGUCCUCGGCGAGGGCGUGCUGAUCGAGAGGCUCGGGCUGGGCGCGGAGGACACGAAGGCGCGCUGCGCGAAGUACCUGGAGGAGAGCGCGGACGUCGCCGCGCUGCGCGAGGAGUUGCGCGCGAAGAAGAGGCGGCUGGACGACGCGCAGAAGGCGCUGUACGAGUUCGGCUUGUAGCGUCGUCGCUCCUACGUGUACUCUGGCUGGCUGAGAGGUUGUACGUAGGUGGACAGCAGUGUUGUUCCUUGGCUUGGUGUAUGGUUGCGCGGACUUGUAUUGAUUUCUGCUAUAUCUCUCUCUUGUAUAUCAUAUUUGCUUGUUUUCAGCCCCGCACGCAGAUGUUGUUUUUUGUGUAGCCGUACAAUGACAACCUUCUUGAAAAGGUCAUUA